AUGCGUCUCUCCAAACUCUCGUUUCUAGUCCACGCUCUGCUCCUGACCGCCGUUGCGGCUCAGGAUCUGAAGCGGGACGCCAGUGAUCUGAUCUCCGAUGUCACCAACAACGAUUCAUCCAGCUCUGCUGCCGAAGCGGCCACUACUUCAGCCGAACCCACUUCUACUUCCACCACUUCUACCACAGAAGAAACAUCUACCUCGACUAGUACCUCUAGCACCAGUACCAGUACUAGCACUACCACCACUAGCGAGGAGCCCACAACCACCACCACUUCCGAACAAGCCGCCAAAACUACUACGGAAGCCACCAAGACCAGCGAUAACAACAGCAACAACAACAACAACAACAACAACAACAACCAAGCUACCAGUACAUCAUCGACGACUUCAGAAAAUGACCAGAAGACUACUGCUGCUGCCACCGUCUCCUCUGCCUCCACCACCGAGUCUGCCGUUGUGAGAACUUACACUUCAUACGAGGUUGUGAGCGGAACCACCAAGGCGAAUGUGGUGACUACUACCUCUGCUGCGACCAAUACUGGAUCUGCUAGCUUGAACACCGGCAACAGCGGUUCCUCUAGCAGUGGCCUCUCGUCUUCGGACAAGAAGAUCAUCAUCGGUGUUGUCGUUGGUGUCGGUGGUGCUAUCGUGCUGGGUGUUCUGGCCGUUGUUAUCUGGCGCAUCCAGAAGAAGCGCAGUGAGCAGUAUGGUGAUGAAGAUACCGACUUGAUGGGCGGCACCGCCGUUGGCUCCGGUCCCCGUGAAAAGGCCCCUAGCCCGUCUGCCAACACUCCCUUCAAGAAUACACUGGACCAGUACCAUAACCCUGGUCCCGUCAACGCUGCAUCAAACUUCUAA